AUGAACCACACUGUUCGCGCAGUGCAAGAUGUACAUGAACGCUUACUCUCAACAGAGGUGUACAGAAUGAGCUGCAACAGAGGAUACCGAAUUCUGGAGACAAUGAAGGACGAUCCCUUGGCGCUGGUGCUGUGCUUUGUGUCUGGUAGCGCCUUCUUUACCAUGGCUGCGGUGUCGCCUAAUGUGCGACUGUAUAACGAGCUUGCGCUUGACGCUGUGGGGAACAGCUGGCGGACAGUCGAUUUUUCUGGAAACCGUAUUUUUCACACGGUGGGGGAUGGUCGUGUACCGCACGAUUUGAACCUGGUGCUUGGCUUUUCCAGCUGGUGGCUACGGAAAAGCGCGCUGCCAGUGAAGGCACAGGGCGCAUCUGCACUUUUCGCGGUCCUGGGUGCAUCUACGGACGUGGCCUCCAUGGUCGAAGUCGUCGAGCUGGGUUUGAAAGAGUACUAUAUUCUGAAUCCAUACGCUCUGGAGCCCGAACGAGUCGAUGCGCGUGUGACCUCUGAGAUUGACGCUGCACUCCGCGCUGUGCUUGCGUCACCCGCGCAUACCUUGCGCUCCCUACACGUUGGCGGCUGCAGCACCACGACAGUGCAGCUGAUUGGGACGCUUCCAGCGUUGGCAAGGCUUUCCAUCCACGGGAUGCAACAGCGUGAGCUUUCCCUGCACACACUGGCCUGUGCUCGUCAUUUGGAAAGCCUCUCGUUUGUCGGCGCACAGGUAGAGCAGCUUACGUGCUUCGGGCUCUGCCGAGCCCUCGUCGACGUGAGCUUUGUGCACUGUCGCGAUUUACGCAGUCUCGCUCCACUGGCAGGAGCUGCACAAUUGAGAUUCAUUUCUGUUGUAAGCAGUGAUGUGGAAAGUCUUGACGGGCUUGCCGACUGUCCGAACCUGGAAGAGGUGCGAUUCACGGAGUGCGAAAGGCUGACCAGCUUGGCACCACUUGCAGGAGCACCGCGGCUGCAGACGCUCGCCGCCACACAUUGCGCGGUGCGCAACAUUGAUGGGCUGUGCACGUGUCCACACUUGGAAAGUGUGGAUUUCAGCUGGUGCGUUCAGCUCCUGAGCCUUACAUCGCUGUCAGGGUCACCAUGCCUGCGGAGCAUCAACGCAGCGUGGAGCGGAGUUCAGUUGAUUGAGGGACUGAACUUAUGCGCGUGCCUCGAGAAGGUCAACUUCACGGAGCUGAAGCAACUACGGAGCCUCGCGCCAUUGGCCGGAGCUCUACAGUUAAGAGUGAUCAGUGCUAUGCUGACCGGCACGGAAACCCUCGACGGCCUCAAGAGAUGCCUGCACCUCGAGAGCGUCAACUUGACCGAUUCGCGCAGACUGACGAGUCUCGCACCGCUAGCUGGUGCUCCACGAUUGCGGACUCUCAACGUUCGCGGGUGCCCUCUGAACUGCAUCGAUGGGCUUGGCACUUGUCCUGAGCUCGAAAAUGUGAGCUUCCGAUGCGCAAAGGAGCUGAUGAGUCUCGUGCCGCUGGCUGGCGCGCCACAGCUGAGGGUCGUCGAUGCUUCCUGGACAGGCGUGCGGAGUGUCGACGGACUCGAACGGUGUCUGCAGCUAGAGUGUGUUGACUUCACCGGCUGUCAUGAGCUGGCGAGUCUGGCGCCACUCUCAGGGUUGUCCAAGUUGAAAGUCAUUAAGGCAUCUGAAAGCGCUGUCGACAGCGUUGAUGGGCUGAACUGUUGCCCCCAACUCGAGUUCCUCCACCUUAGUCGUUGCGCGAGGUUGACCAGUCUCGCGCCCUUGGCUGGCGCGCCGCGACUACAGAGCAUUAUUGCCUGCUGGAGUGGCUUGCUAAGCCUCGACGGACUUAACCGCUGCCCGGCGCUGAUGUACAUGGACGUCAGCCACUGCCGUCAACUACGGAGUCUGGCACCGCUCUCUGGUGCACCGAGGUUACGAAAGAUUGAAGCGAAUCACAGCGCGGUACGGCACUUGGAUGACGUCCAUAUAUCGGCCAAAGUCCAUCUUAACUACGUGUGGGUUAAGCUGUCGCGUCAUCGCAAAAAGUCGGCAAAGCGGGCUCACGGUGAUGGAGAGAUGACGGGUGGUGAGAGCAACCCCUAA